UGCCGCUAGACAACUCGGUUCACACUUCACAGACGGUCACUGGCAACAUCGCCACAGUCUUUCUAAAAUCAAAUAAAGCGCGCGAAGAAAUCUGACUAGGGUUUGGCGCUUGACUGAUGCAAGGAGAGAAAGAACAACUCCGGUUAUCGGUUAAACAGUAAGGACGCUUUGAUGCCAUUCCAUCAUUGCUCGGUGGUGCCAACUGUCAACUCUCUGUGCAGGAACGGGCAAGGGUAUUUAUUAUACCUCCACGCCCUCAAGUGAUAGCAUAGCACAUACUAUCUGCGUUUUUUCGGUUGCAGCAGGUCCCCGUCGAUUUAUCAGUUGCAGAGAAGCCAUGGUUAUUGAAUGCCUUGUUCUGGGGGCCGGGCAGGAAGUUGGGAAGAGCUGUGUCGUGGUCUCAAUUGGCGGGAAGAGUAUCAUGUGUGAUUGUGGGAUGCACAUAGGAUAUCUCGAUGAACGACGAUACCCAGAUUUCUCUCUUAUCUCUGAAUCCGGGGAUUUCGAUAAUGCUCUUACCUGCAUCAUAAUCACUCAUUUUCAUCUGGAUCAUGUGGGAGACCUCCCUUACUUCACUGAGGUCUGUGGAUAUCGGGGCCCGGUUUACAUGAUUAGAUAACUCGAAGACAAGCACAUUUAUAUGAGAAAAGAAGAGAAAUGGAGAUGAAGUGAACUCAUUUUAAGGUGAAAGGACAAAGAUUAAGGAAGAAGAUUAAAUGAUUCAGCAAUUCAACCAGAUGGGUUAUCAGGCCAUUGGCUGAGUCAACAGUUUUUUCGUAGGUGAACAGUUUGGGGGUGAAAUGGGCCCGAAAUCAUAGCCAGAUGAUGGGUAGCCUGGUCCAACCAGCCAAUUCAACCCCAUGUUGAAAACACUUGU